AUGGGAACUGAGCCGGCAGAGCAGGUCUCCUGGGGUCCCUACUCUGGGGACGAUGACGAGGCAUACUCGUCUGAGCCCUUACCGGAGCUCUGCUACAAGGCAGACGUCCAGGCCUUCAGCAGGGCCUUCCAACCCAGUGUCUCCUUGACGGUUGCUGCGCUAGGUCUGGCUGGCAAUGGCUUGGUUCUGGCAACACACCUGGUGGCUCGCCGAGGAGCCCGCUCGCCCACCUCAGCCCACCUGCUCCAGCUGGCUCUAGCCGACCUCCUGCUGGCAUUGACUCUGCCCUUUGCUGCAGUUGGGGCUCUGCAGGGCUGGAGCCUGGGCAGUGCCACCUGCCGUGCCAUCUCCGGCCUCUACUCGGCCUCCUUCCAUGCCGGAUUCCUCUUCCUAGCCUGUAUCAGCGCCGACCGCUACGUGGCAAUUGCACGGGCCCUCCCGGCUAGGCCGCGGCUGUCAGCGCCAGGCCGGGCACACUUGGUCUCUGCUGUCGUAUGGCUGCUGUCACUGCUCCUGGCGCUGCCCGCGCUCCUCUUCAGCCAGGAUGGGCAGCGGGAAGGCCAGCGGCGCUGCCGCCUCAUCUUCCCCGAGGGCCUCAUGCAGACGGUGAAGGGGGCGAGCGCGGUGGCGCAGGUGGUCCUGGGCUUCGCACUGCCACUGGGCGUCAUGGCGGCCUGUUACGCGCUCCUUGGACGCACGCUGCUGGCCGCCAGGGGGCCCGAGCGCAGGCGCGCGCUGCGCGUCGUGGUGGCCCUAGUGGCGGCCUUCGUAGUACUGCAGCUGCCCUACAGCCUCGCCCUGCUGCUGGAUACCGCCGAUCUGUUGGCUGCUCGUGAACGGAGCUGCCCAGCCAGCAAGCGCAAGGACCUAGCUCUGCUGGUGACCGGCGGCUUGGCCCUCGCCCGCUGCGGCCUCAACCCAAUUCUCUACGCUUUUCUAGGGCUGCGCUUCCGCCAGGACCUCCGGAGGCUGCUCCGGGGUGGGAAUUGCAGCUCCGGGCCUCAGAUCAGCGGCCGCUGCCCCCGCGGGCCCCGCCUGUCUUCCUGCUCCGCUCCCACUGAGACCCACAGCCUCUCCUUCUAGGACAACCAGAGAUGCAAUUCUAAAGGGGGGCGGUCUGAGGAAACUAUACCGGGGAGGAUAGUAGGAAAGGGAGUAGGUGAAAGAACACCGAGAAGGAGGUAGGGACCUAAAGGGAUUGCUUCUGUGCCUUGACACAUUAAAUUGAUAACAUGAAAAUGA